AUGUGUGUGACGUUUGACGUUUAUAAUUUAACUCUCACUUUUCACUUUUGUUUUAUUCCAUGAUUAAAAAAAUUUUAAAAUUUGGUACAAACAAUAGAGGAACUUGCUGCAUAUAGCUCAAUCCAAAAUGGGAUUUGAAUUGAGGGAUUAUGGAGAAAUUUCCACUUAAAAGAUCAGGAUCACCACCAGGGCAGACAUCUCCCACAUAUCAAUCCCUUAAUAAUAAGUACAUAAACCCAAAAACAAACCCUGUGAAUAAUUUAAAUGACGAUAUGAGUGAUAUCUCAGCUACAGGAGGAGGCGACACUCCCGUUCGUUCAGUGGAUGAUGAAGAAGCAAUGCAAUAUUCUAUUUCAUAUGGUGGUAUACAAGAUACAUCCGACAUUCCAGGGAUUGGUCAGUAUGAUGACUUUCACACAAUUGACUGGCAAAGGGACAUUGCUCAUGAUCGUAUGAGGCACAGAUAUUUGGUCAAGAAAAAGCAGGACUCUAUUUGGAAUCUAAUACAAGGAUUUCAUGAUGCUUGGUCGGGAUGGCUGUGUGUACUCUUGGUAGGGCUCUGUACAGGUGUUGUAGCAGGUGUAAUAGAUAUUGGAGCAAGUUGGAUGACGGAUCUAAAAUUUGGUAUUUGCUUACAAGCAUUCUGGCUCAAUCAGGAACAGUGCUGUUGGUCUUCAAAUGAAACAGCUUUUGAUAGCGGUAACUGUUCUCACUGGUAUACAUGGGCAGAAGUAUUAGGAGCCACAAAUGAAGGAGCAGGUUCUUAUAUGAUAUCUUAUUUAUUUUAUAUUAUGCAAGCACUUCUUUUUGCUGCAUUAUCAGCAUCGUUAGUACGUAUGUUCGCACCAUAUGCAUGUGGAUCUGGUAUCCCAGAGAUUAAAACAAUACUCAGCGGUUUCAUCAUUAGAGGGUAUUUAGGAAAAUGGACACUUAUCAUCAAGAGUGUAGGACUAAUUUUGUCUGUUUCCUCUGGCCUCAGUCUUGGCAAAGAAGGUCCAAUGGUACACAUAGCAUGUUGUAUCGGAAACAUUCUAUCAUAUUUAUUCCCCAAGUAUGGUCGGAAUGAAGCAAAGAAGAGAGAAAUUUUAUCGGCAUCAGCUGCGGCAGGAGUGUCUGUUGCAUUUGGUGCCCCUAUUGGCGGAGUUUUAUUCAGUUUGGAAGAAGUAAGCUACUAUUUUCCCUUGAAAACAUUAUGGCGAUCGUUCUUCUGCGCGCUCAUAGCAGCAUUUAUAUUGAGAUCGAUCAACCCGUUUGGAAAUGAACAUUCAGUGUUAUUUUAUGUUGAAUAUAAUAAGCCAUGGAUAUUUUCGGAGCUGAUCUCUUUCAUCGGAUUAGGAAUAGUUGGAGGCAUCAUUGGAACAUUGUUCAUCAAGGCAAACAUUUACUGGUGUAGGUACAGAAAAUUAUCUAAAUUGGGCCAAUAUCCUGUGACUGAAGUGUUGGUGGUUACCGUUAUCACUGCUAUUAUUUCAUAUCCGAACAAGUACACACGAAUGAGCACCUCGCAAUUGAUUUACCUGUUGUUUAGUCAGUGUGGCAUUUCAAAUACCGAUGCUUUAUGUGAUUACAACAGGAAUUUUACAGAUGUUAACAUGGCCAUUGAGAUUGCCGAAGCAGGACCAGGCGUUCAUCGCGCUAUAUACCUCUUGAUCAUGGCAUUGUUGCUGAAACUUGGAACGACAAUAUUCACGUUCGGUAUCAAAGUACCUUGUGGACUUUUCAUUCCAAGUUUAUGUCUAGGUGCUAUCGUUGGUCGAAUUUGGGGUAUAGCGAUUGAGCAAAUGGCUUAUUACUACCCUAAAAGUUGGAUGUUCACCGGAGAGUGUUCCACUGGUGAUGACUGUAUAACACCCGGAUUGUAUGCUAUGGUAGGCGCAGCCGCAGUUCUUGGAGGAGUUACCAGAAUGACAGUGUCCCUGGUUGUGAUCAUGUUUGAGCUUACCGGUGGCGUGAGGUACAUAGUUCCCCUUAUGGCAGCCGCUAUGGCCAGUAAAUGGGUUGGGGACGCCCUAGGGAAACAGGGUAUCUACGAUGCUCACAUAGCUCUGAAUGGGUACCCCUUCUUGGACUCCAAAGAUGAAUUCCAACACACUUCUCUGGCAGCGGAUGUGAUGCAACCCAAACGCAACGACAUGCUCAGUGUCAUAACCCAAGAUUCAAUGACAGUUGAUGACAUUGAAACGUUGCUAAAAGAAACAGAACAUAAUGGAUACCCAGUGGUCGUCUCUAGAGAAAGUCAAUAUUUGGUUGGACUGGUCCUGAGAAGGGAUCUGCAUUUGUCCAUAUCGAAUGCUAAGAGAAUGAUCGAAGGAGUGUGCGGUCAAUCCAUGGUACUGUUUACCAGCGGUAACCCUCCACAAACACUGGGACCACCACCACUGAAACUCAAGAAAAUCUUGGAUAUGGCACCGAUAACCAUAACCGACCAGACACCGAUGGAGACAGUGGUAGACAUGUUCAGAAAAUUGGGACUGAGACAAACUCUAGUCACUCAUAAUGGUCGUUUACUGGGCGUGAUAACGAAGAAGGAUGUACUUCGGCACAUCAAGCAGAUGGAUAACGAAGACCCCAGUUCCAUUCUAUUCAACUGAGAUUAUUUUCCUGAGAUUAAAAACGGGCGAAAAUUGAGAUUAACAAAGUGUGGUAGGGGAAUAAAGAACGGUCUUAUAGAUUUUAAUAUUAUAUAGAAUAAAUUCUAAUGAUUUUACUCCAUAAAUUUAUUUACAGAUCUGUCCUGUUUCCGUGUUAAUGUCUUCCUUACCAGCCACACUAGAUUAUAUGUGUAUAUGUAUAUUAUGUCUAGUGAAAUUUUAUUACUUUGGAAACUGUUCGAAAUUCAUGUAUGAAAAUGUUUAAGUACAUAUUGUUGAAUUGCUCAAUUUUUGUUAGGGUCCUACGCCAUUAUAUAUUUAUGAUGUAUUAUAUAUUUAUAUAUGU